CUUGCUCUCAACUUUCACUUUGCUGCUCGCAAUCAUGAUCUUGAACCUUCCGACUGAGCUGGCCUUGCAUACGCUUCUCUUCGUCGAUCUCCCAACCAUCUACAGCCUACAGCUAGUUUGCAAACCCUGGGCUGAAUUCAUCCGCGUCAACGAGUCGACCGUCUACCACAAUGUCGUGGCCAGCCAGAACCUGAUCCCCUCCCCAUCGACUCUGCUCGAGGACCUUCCGCGUUGGUAUUCCUCAAGGUCCCUUGAGGGCGUGGCCAGCUGGAAAGCCUUCUGCCGCAGGCGCGUCGACAUCAUACGCAGUUGGCGGGGAAGAGCACCUGCGAACACCGCGGUCUAUAAAGCGACGGGAACGCGCGUUCAUCGCAUCAAGGUGGACGAGCUGUAUGGAUAUGUGAUCACGACCUCCGCCGAUGGUGGGCUGCAGGUCACCGAUAUAGUGGAGGAUGAAGUGUUGUGGGCUCUGCCUAAGACGUACGUCCGCGGUUGGGCUCACGUCGAAUACGCGGACGGCUUCAUCAUCUUCGAUCGCCGGGACGGACACAAGGAAAUCUGGCGACGCGCCUCGGACGCGCAAGAUUCUACGGACAGAGUUGUGGAGGAAUCCGCCCCAGACGAGCGCCAGCUUGUUGCAUCCAAGAACGCUGCCGAGCAGUACAGAUCAACCUCGAACCGUGGCCACUUCGUCGCCUGGGCGCUUAUAAGCCCCGGGGGAAUCACCACCGCUUUCCGUGCUGUCUAUCCUGUCCUGCUAACCGCCUCUGACCACCAAGCCUUCGUCUUCGACGUCCGUACCGGCGCUCGACUGCACAAACUCACAAACCCGCAGGCGCCAACGGACCCCGACAUGGGCCACCUGAACUACGUCGAAAUCAGCGACCGUCAUGUCUUCACUUGUGAUUCGAAUGUGCUUCGCGUCUACGCCCGUGCGGACGGUCGCUGCGUCUUCGAGAUAUUCUCGAACAAGGAGUACUAUGGGCAAUGGUUAUUCGCGAUCUCGCGUACUCCGCCGCAGGAGCAAGUCGAGGGCGCACUCGUCGUGCAUCCUGUGCACGCGUUCGAACGCCAUGCACCCGGUACCUCUUUACUCUUGGAAGAGUUCUACGCAGCGCACGUAUCGAAAUGCGGGCGACACCUUGUUGGCGCCUUGUCGACCGCACGAAUAGUCGUCGUCUACAACUUCGAGCGCGCCCUUCGCGGCGAGGCACAAUUGUUCGAUCUUGCCUUCGAAGUGCAGCUCGGCUCGGGAAGGACGAAUACCAAAUACCUGGCCUUCGAGGACGACCGUAUCUGUGUCGCAACGGGUCGUGGCAUCUUCGUCGUGCACGUCCUUGAACCGCCCACCGACUCGACCACACGCCCGCGCAUCAUCGUUACACGAGUCCCGUGGUUCAACGAUCCUCAUCGCCUCAACGCCAUCAGCUGCUUGCAGAUGUCCGACACGGGCAUCUGGUUCAACUGGCAGAGUCGUCCAGAAGAGGACAGUCCCGAGAUGCUUGAGGAGCACGAAAUCGAGUUCUAUACGUCAGCGGAGAACUCAGCGUAUCGAACUCGACUUCCUGGAGGACAUAUCAUGGUGCUUGCUGCUGAAGAAAUGGGACCCACCGACCUCGUCUUGUCGACAGUGCACAGCGUGAACUUUGGCAUUCCGUCGUAGAGCAUCUAUCUGUACUACGCACUUGGGCCCAUAAAAGUACUAUCUAUGCUAAGUCACCCGUGUAUGACUUA